AGCGGCGGCGGGAGGUGAAAUCCGGUUCUAACCGGUCCGGGGCUCCCAGCGCUAUAAAAACUUUAUAAACCCCCCGGAGCCCGAGCAGUGUGAAGAAGCAGCGAGGACGACCCCCGGACGGACCAAACCCGCGCGCCGCUGUAUACCCGUGUUCAGCGCCGACGUCCCCUGCCGCCGCCAUGCCCAAAAGAAAGGCUGAAGGGGAUGCUAAAGGAGACAAAGCCAAGGCGAAGGACGAGCCACAGAGAAGAUCUGCAAGGUUGUCUGCUAAACCUGCUCCUCCAAAGCCAGAGCCCAAGCCUAAAAAGGCCCCUGCAAAGAAGGGAGAGAAGGUACCCAAGGGGAAGAAGGGGAAAGCCGACGCUAGCAAGGAUGCGAAUAACCCUGCAGAAAAUGGAGAUGCCAAAACAGACCAGGCACAGAAAGCUGAAGGUGCCGGAGAUGCCAAGUGACAUGUGUGCAUUUUUGAUAACUGUGUACUUCUGGUGACUGUACAGUUUGAAAUACUAUUUUUUAUCAAGUUUUAUAAAAAUGCAGAAUUUUGUUUUACUUUUUUUUUUUUUAAGCUAUAUUGUUAGCACACAGAACACUUCAUUGUUGGGGGGGGGAAAGGAUCAUGUGUCACUAACAACAUAUCUCCCAAGCUGGAUUGAGGAUAGAAAAGAAAACCUCUUUCCUUGAUAAUUUUGAAAAGCUUCUGUUGGUUUCCAGGAGAGACGUCCUGGUCUUGACACACGUGGCCACCAAGGCACAAAAUGCCUUGUGGUCUGGGGAAACUCUAAAUUCAUUUUCAUAUGCUCUUCCCCCUGUACCAUCAACAGAGACUUAAUUCCCUUAAGACCAGAGACCUGUUGGAACCUGGCCCCCCGAAAUUGGUUUUCCAGUCUGUUGGGCAAUGUGGACUUUACAGUGACAUCACUGAGUGUUCUCAGAAGAGCACGGGUUCCUUUUAUAAAAGAUUGUGGAUCUUCAGAUUGAUAAUUCUGCCAUAUUCAUUUCCUGAAAGUCAGGGUCGGCUUGUGAAAAGUUGUUAAACAACAUCCUUAAUGUGAAAUGUCAACCCUCACUCUAAGCUACUCCCCGUUUUCAAAGCAUUGAAUGAAGAUUUUAUUGGGUUUUAUAGUGGCUUUCUGAUUUUGGUAGUCUAUACAAGAAGGGAAUUUGGAAGUUCUUGUAUAUUGUUGAUUGUCUGCCCAUGUCCUGCCUGAAAUACCAUGAUUGUUUAUGAAAAGGAUCUUUAAUAAAGCUGGUUACAGUUAGGCUUGGGA